GUGUGUCAAUCUCCCACUAGUUCUUGAGUCUCUUUCUUUCCCACUAGAUCAGUGUGUGUUCUUAGAGAAAACACAGAAAUGAUGGAGAAAAAGGAAGAAACAUGCAGUUUGAAUUCUCCAUUAAUAUCACCAAAUAGAGAAGAAAACAAGGCAGAGAUUAUUAUUGAAGAAGUGAAGAAACAAUUAUGGUUAUCUGGACCUCUAAUAACAGUUAAUCUCCUACACUUCUGCAUACAGUUGAUUUCAGUUAUGUUUGUUGGUCAUCUUGGUGAACUCUCACUCUCUGGUGCUUCAAUGGCUACUUCUUUUGCAACUGUUACUGGUUUCAGCUUGCUGAUGGGAAUGGCAAGUGCAUUAGAUACUCUUUGUGGUCAAUCUUACGGAGCAAAACAGUAUCAUAUGUUAGGCAUACAUAUGCAAAGGGGAAUGUUUAUUCUUUUACUAGUUAGCAUUCCACUGGCUUUUGCUUUGGCUAACACAUGCCGUAUUCUCAUAUUUGUGGGACAAGAUCCUGAAAUAUCAGCCCAAGCAGGAGUUUAUGCUGGAUAUAUGAUCCCUUGCCUAUUCGGGUAUGCACUUCUUCAAUGUUAUGUCAGGUUUCUACAAACCCAAAACAUAGUCUUUCCAAUGAUGGUAAGUUCUGCAAUGACGGCCUUGAUGCAUUUUCUUGUGUGUUGGGUUCUGGUUUUCAAAGUUGGCCUAGGAAAUAAAGGUGCUGCAAUAGCGACCUCCAUAUCUUGUUGGAUCAAUCUGACAUUUCUCGUACUUUAUGUUAAGUACUCUGGUAAAUGUGAAAGGACUUGGACUGGUUUCUCAAAAGAAGCACUCCAUGACAUUCUUAACUUUAUAAGACUCGCAAUUCCUUCUGCCAUCAUGGUCUGCUUAGAAGUGUGGUCUUUCGAGCUGGUGGUUCUGCUAUCGGGUUUGCUUCCCAAUCCAAAGCUAGAAACUUCGGUGUUAUCGAUCUGCUUAAACACCGGUUCAUUAGUCUCAAUGAUCUCAUCUGGACUCAGUAGUGCAGUAAGCACAAGAGUUUCGAAUGAGCUAGGAGCAGAUAAUCCUCAGGCUGCGCGUUUAGCAGUAAAAGUUGCGCUUGUUUUGGCAGCCUCACAGGGAAUUCUAAUAGGCGCAAUCAUGAUUUUGGUACGCAAUAUUUGGGGCAGUGCUUAUAGCACAGAGAAAGAGGUGGUGGAUUAUGUAGCGCUCAUGAUGCCAAUCCUUGCCGUCUCCAACUUCAUUGGCGGACUUCAAGUCGUUCUUUCAGGUACGGCUAGAGGAUGUGGUUGGCAAAAGAUUGGUGCUUAUGUCAAUCUGGGAUCUUAUUACCUUGUCGGAAUUCCUUCUGCAGUUCUAUUAGCUUUUGUUCUACAUGCCGGAGGAAAGGGACUUUGGGUUGGGAUGGUAUGCGCACUCUUUGUUCAAGGUUUUUCGCUUCUUAUCAUCACUGUACGCACCAAUUGGGAGCAAGAAGCGAAACGAGCGUCAGAAAGAGUUUACGAUGCUGCAAUUCCUGUAACUAUAGUGUCAUAAAGCACUUGAGUUUCCGGCGUGUAAAAAUUUCUUGGAUGAUUUACAUGAUAGAUAAAGUAGUAGAUCAGGUACUCAUUAUCCGAGAAUUAGAAACACAAAAGUUUGUUAUUUUGAAGAAAUGACGCCUGCAAGUUUAAAUGGUUCCCCGUUUCCAAGUAAUAAAAUUACAAUCCUCCAAGGGAUACAAACA